AUGAGUAAGCUACCACCACUGUCACAAGUGAAUCCUCGCAAAAGACUCGUGCCUAUAGAUCCAUUGGCUAUCACCGAGUCUCUAGGCCUCCCGACGUUUCGGAAAGAACUGCGCAAGUCAUGGACAAAGGAAGAAGAUCUGGUUUUAUCUGAAUUUGUUACUUUGAAAUUAAUGGAAAAUGCAAAUUUUGAGAGCUUAGACUGGGAGAAGAUAGCCCAAGCAGUUUCACCCGAUGGCUCAAAAAAGAGCAAAGACUGUCGCAAAAGAUGGACCAACUGUCUAGAUCCGGCUUUACGGAGGGGCAAGUGGACUAGUGCAGAGGAUAUGCAAUUGGUGAGGGCAUUUGAGAAAUUUGGAGCUUCUUGGUUAAAAGUUGCACAAGAGAUUGAAGGAAGGACUGAAGACCAGUGUGCUAAAAGGUAUAAGGAAGUCUUGGGCCCAAAAACAAAAGAUAGGUUGAAGCCAUGGACAAAAGAGGAGGAUCUCUUGUUAAUUAAACAGGUUAAGAAUUAUGGUACCAAAUGGAGGACAGUAUGCAGCGUUUUUGAAAGCAGACCAUCUUUGACCUGUAGAAAUCGUUGGAGAAAACUUGUAACAGAGGUUGUGCGUAACAAGGCAUGCCCGGAAAUUAAACAAGCAGUUGAGGGAAUUACCAAAGGGAAAUCUUUGAUGUUAGACUCAUUGAGUGAACAACAACAACAACAACAACAACAACAACAACAGCAACAACAACAGCAACAGCAACAACAACAGGAGCAGCAACAGCAACAGGAGCAGCAACAGGAGCAGGAGCAGCAACAACCAACCAAGUAUAAUCAGAAUCUGGAUCCAGAAUUGAAAAGGAAAUUCAAGAAGAGAAAGGAGGAUUACAAGGUACAAAUGCAAGAAGAAGUACACGAAAUGCACGAUGAAUCCAAUGGUUCGAACCACACACAUUGGAGUUAUGACUUGACAGGCCAGAACAAAUCGGAUUUUGUUUCGCAUGCGGGAGUAAUAAAAGACAAAGCAUCUGUAGACCUUCUUGUUGCGCAUGCAAAGUCCAAGGGUUUAAAUCUCACAAUCCAUCAGCAUGUUCACCACCACUAUGGACGAUCGGGACAAACAAUACGAAGCAACAACAAUAACAAUAAUAGUACAACCAACAGCAAUAAUUUCAUUGCCGAAAGAUACCCCGCUGAACCUGAAGAACUGAUGUUGUCGCGAUUUCAGCAUUUUAACUAUUUGCCACCACGUACCGAAGUUCCAAGAUUGUAUUCUUCAGGAACAGUAACAGGAAUAGCAUCAGUAUCAGCAACAGAGUCUUUGGAAAUAAAACAGCAUCAUCAUCAUCAUCAUCACCACCACCAUCAUCACCGUGAAGAAGAAACGACAACCAACAAGAACUCUCAUCUGGGCUCUGAGGCCAUGAACACUGCCACAUCAUCAUCUUUACUACGAGAUUUCUCCACCAACAGAGAAUCCGAUAUGCUGAAACUAUUAAAUUCUGAUGUCUAUAGAGGCCAACAUGCCGAAGAGUUACCUACUUCCAAUCCAUUGACACCAUUGACACAGGCGGUGGACCUCAUAACUAAUGCUGAAAAUAAUCAGAAUUUGUCAUCUACUGCAGACUGUAGGAUACUGAGUGACAAGGAAUACGAACAAGGACAAGGACAGGGGCAUGGACAGGGGCAAGGACAGGGGCAUGGAAAACAGGGGCAUGGACAAGGAAAUGCAGUUUCUGAAAAUGGUGAUCAUGGUUUGGAUUUUUGGGAAACCAUGAAAAACAUGACGGAAACUGGAAAGAAACGUGGACGACAGCUAUAUGAUACUGAUAUGAUUUCUAAUAAGAAUGAUACAACGGAAGGAAAUUCCAAGAGCAGGAAACAGUAUAGUAGUACCCUUUCUGAUAACCUUGUUAAACCAGUUUCUCAGCACCACCCACUACACCACCAUUACAAUAGCUAUGCUCAAGCAAACACACCACAAGUUAUCCCUUCAAAUAAAGCGCUGAGUGUCCAGGGACUAAGACGCGAGAGCGGUUCUGAAGAUUUGGAUGACGAAGACAAAGUCUUGGCAAGGGAAGUUGGCGAAGCGGGUGUUGAUCAGGAUAUCUUAAACUCGUAUGGUUUGUUCUACGACGUGUACACCAAGGAAGGGUCUACAUUUCCCGAUGUCCAAUCGAAUCAACUACAUCAGCUGCGUAACGACUUGAAGAAUCAAGCUAGUGAAAGCAUUUAUGACCAAUGGGGAAGUGGCUUUAUAAUACCAUUUAAUCCGUCGUAG